UCUGUGAUCGUACCGUAAUGGCGGAGCUCGAUCAAGUUCAGCGGGCAGGCAAAAUAUAUCACUGACGUUAUACUAAUUGAAACUUUCGGUAUUACGAAUUAUGUUGGUUAAGUGGACGUCUAUUUAGAGCAGUUAUAAUAAGUUGCAAGAUUUACGUCAUUUUUAGUAUACAAUACCGUGCUGCAGUUAACCUAUCAUGGCUGCAACAAGGAGACUUCAAAAGGAAUUAAACGAUAUCAGGCAUUCGGGGCUUAAAUCUUUUAGGGACAUUCAAGUGGAUGAGUCUAAUAUCUUAACAUGGCAAGGCUUAAUUGUUCCUGAUAACCCUCCAUACAACAAAGGAGCAUUUCGUAUUGAAAUUAAUUUUCCUGCUGAAUAUCCUUUCAAACCACCUAAGAUAAGUUUCAAGACUAAAAUCUAUCAUCCAAACAUUGAUGAGAAGGGUCAAGUUUGCCUUCCUAUUAUCAGUGCAGAAAACUGGAAACCUGCUACUAAGACUGACCAAGUGAUUCAAGCGCUAGUUGCUCUCGUAAACGAUCCUGAGCCGGAACAUCCCUUGCGUGCUGAACUUGCAGAGGAAUUUCUUAAAGAUAGAAAAAAGUUUACAAAAAAUGCAGAGGAAUUCACUAAGAAGCAUAGUGAAAAGCGGCCUACUGAUUAAGCAACGCCGACACAUUACAAAGAAUGAACAGCAAAUUUCUUUUGAUAGUUUCUAGAAUACUUGUGUUCAUAUUUUAUCCUUAAAAUUUUUAGGCUUUAGAUGAAAUAUUAAUUCUAGUAUUCUACUCUUAUUUGUACAACGUUGAGAUUUUUUCUGAAGUUUAAAAAUAUUAGUGAUAUCAAAAUAUAAUACAAGCUUUCUAAUCAAUAUUUCAUUCUUGCUGUCGAUUCUUAAUGCUUUAUUGUAUAUGCGGAUAUGGGCCUAUUGUUUUCAUAAACCACAAUGCUUGAAAGUUUUGAGAACCAAUUAUAUGAACAAAGGUAAACUAGUGUUUCCAAAGGUAACAAAUGUCAAUAGUUAUAUGUUAAAGAUUUUGGUUGUUGUAAUAGUGGUGUAAUAAAAAGCAAACAAAUUAACAUUACAAAGAAAAUGCUUAACAGGACAUGAUUUUUGAAGGGUUACAUGGCUGGCAUUAAUUGUUUACUUGUUACACCAGACAAUCAUACAAAACUAUAAUUAUCGCCAUUAUUACCUUUUGACCUCUGACAUGGUACUUGAAUUACUGCACAUAAUUGAAUCUUAUAAUUGCUUUUUAAUAUUCCAGAAAUCUUAAAGCAAUCCUAAUAAUUUUCUUUACUUUACACUGUAAUAGUAUUAAACUUAUUAUAUAAUUUCAAAUUGUUUUCUUUGUUUUGUAAAUAGCUUAUAACACAUUGCUUGGUGGAUACUGUGCAAACUUAUAUUGGAAUAAAGAUUAACUGUUGUUUAUAUGCAAAUGGAAAUGAUAAAGUUACAGAUAUUUUUUAUUUUAUUAAUGUUGCUAAAUAAAGUAUCAAUCUGUAAAUAAUUACUAAAGUGGACUUACUGUAUCAAUAAAUAGAUAUCCUGGUAAUUUGGUGUCUAUUGUUAUAAUUAUUUAUUUGAAACAUAUAGGGUUCAAGCUGUUAAUGGGAUACAGAAGCUAUUGUUCUCAUCAUUAUAUAAUUUAAGUCGUAUUAUUUACAUGGAAAUACAGUGGAGACAGUUGAGGUAAAUGAGCGCUUGUUGAACUGAGACUUGUGGAUAAACAAUUUAUUUAUAAUUUUGCUUUAUUUGAAUAAAUAUUAAAAAUUC